AUGAUGGAUCCAGCCUCAUUCACUCAAAACACAACGAACAAAAUGAGUGAUUGUGUCCAAGUUAAUUUACGAAUUACUACAAAUAGUAAUCAAGGUGGCCGAAAAUAUAUGGAGGACACUUAUGCUAUUGCUCUUCAACGUCUGAACCCAUCCGAUAAAGAAAGUCCAAUAUCUUUAGCAUAUUUCGGGAUAUUCGAUGGCCAUGGUGGCAAAGAAGCAGCGGAAUUUGCGCGGCAGCAUUUAUGCCAACACAUUCUUGAACAAGAUGAUUUUUGGUCAGAUUCUUCCGAUGACAAUCAGAUUCUCUCAGCUAUUCGGAAAGGCUUUCUUUCAUGUCAUAAUGAUAUGUGGAAUCAUGUCGAAAAAUGGGCGAAAACAUCAUCUGGUCUUACUAGUACAUCAGGAUGCACAGCAAGUGUUAUAUUUGUUCGUGGAAAUAAAUUGUAUAUUGGGCAUGUUGGAGAUUCGUCAAUAGUAAUUGGCGAAGGCAAUACAUUGUAUAAAUGUUGGUCAGCAAAUCGUAUUACGCGUGAUCAUAAACCAGAAGAUCCAUCAGAAUUGAAACGUAUUCGUGACAGCGGCGGCAAUGUGCUUUGCAAAGCGGGUGUUCAUCGUGUUGUUUGGAAUCGACAAAAAAUCAUAUCAUCGUCGAAUUAUUAUCGUAGUGAACAAGUGCGAGCAACGGUUGAAUAUGAACAAAUACCAUUUCUAGCUGUUUCACGUGCGCUCGGCGAUCUCUGGAGUCUGAAUAGACAUACGAAUUUAUAUUCUGUAUCACCAGAACCAGAAUUAGCGGUCGUAGAAAUCGAUCCGAAUAAACAUCGUUGUUUAAUAUUAGCAAGUGAUGGUCUAUGGAAUAUGAUAACGCCAGAAGUUGCAGUAGAAACUGUUCGAAAUUGUGAUGUUAAAACUGAAGAAAUGAUUUUGAACUCUGAGGACGAAGACGAUCGUCCAUUUCGUAAUCCGUCACAUGAAUUAGUUCAAAAAGCAUUAGUUUUAUGGCGAGAACGAAUGUUACGUGCAGAUAAUAUAACUUGCAUUACAGUUAUGCUCGAUCCUCCAGGUCCACCAUUCAGUGAAUGUAUUCUUAACAAGAAAAAACAAAUGUUAUUAUCGAAUUCAUCUGGUUGUGUAGAAGAUACAAAUGAAGGUGAUCAAUCAUCAGCAAUGAUGAUUACGGGUGAAACACCGCAAAGACCAAAGAUUGGUACAGAACGUAAAGUGCAUAUUCUUACCCCAAUUUCUAACGGUUCAACGCCAAUACGAACACCAAAACGUCCUGCAUCGGAUGACAUGACCGAUUUAUCCGAGGACACGCCACGUCGUAAAUUAAUUAAAACCAAUCAACAAAAAGAAAACGAUACAUCACCUCAGUUACCAAGUGAAUCAGUUCCGGCCACGAGUUCAGAUGAGGAUGAACAAGAUUGUUCACCAUUAACUCAACAAUUACCCAAGCCGUCAACAUGUGACGAUGAUUUAGCUCGAAAAGUUGAAGAAUGUUUUCGUACUCAACCUCAUGAUCAGCAAUCUGAUGUCGAAAUGAUGGAAACAGAUGAUGCAAAUCAACAGAAGGGCAAAGCGUCUACACGUCGUCGUUCUCGUUUUCGCUUCUCGUUUUCAAAUAACCAUCAUUCACCUGAAAUCGAACAAGACGAGCAAACAAAACAAUCUCGCUUAUGUCGAACGCAUUCAGCUUCGAUUAUCAAUCAUGAGAAUGAGAAUCAAAUAAAUCCAUCAAGACGACGAAAAUCUUACAGUACAACUGGUUUAGCAAACGAACUGAAAAAUCUUCCAAAUCCGAUCGAACCAGCAACUGCAAUAGCGACAGCACUUGACAAGAAGCCCAAUAAAACGAAACCAUCAUUGGCUAAUCGUGUUAAACGAGCCUUUUUCCGUCCACAUCGUAGUACGAUAACCUCUUCAUAA